AUGCAGGACUCAGAAACGGAAUGUGCAGGACUAAUGCAGGAAUCCUACUGGGAACAUGCAGGACUCCUACACGGAAUAUUCCAUAACUACUACAGGAAUCCUACAAGAAACAUAGAGGUAUGCAACAAGGGACUUGCAAGAUUCCUACAGAUAACAUUUGGGACUCCUGCAGGAAUCCUACAAGUAACAGGUGGAGGCUGGGAUAACCUGCGCAACAUAGACAAGGGACGAGUGAUGAAUCUGAGCUACUCCCGGUGUCAGACCACAGAAGAUGGAGUCUAUCUCAUUCCAGAUGAAGUCUUUGUUAUUCCAAAGAAAGAGGGUGCAGUGGAAACAAACUCAGAGAUCAUCAUGUCAUGGAUGAAUCACACAAGCUCUACCUCAAGCUCCAUCAAUGCAGACGUUUCCUUCCUUUCGGCGCUCAAUGGUAAAUACUCAGAAGAAUAUCGACACAUGAAAACUCGCCAAGUGAAAGACAAUUCUGUGACAUCACGAGUUCAAGCACUGGAAAUAGCAUACGCCAUUGAAAAUAAUCAAACACGCCUAGAAAUGUAUCUGUCAGAGAAACUUGUACUUAAUUAUGGCACCCAUGUCAUCACAAGUGUUGAUGCUGGAGCCACUUUGGUGCAAGAAGAUUAUUUAAAAAGGUCCUAUGUCCCUGACAAUCAGUCAGAUUUGUCCUCUCUUUCUGCAGCAGCAGGCUUGAAGUUCUUCAACAAUCUUAAAUUUGAUGUUGGUGGCAAGGGAUCCCAAGACAACACUGCAGUUCAGGAAUAUCAGAGAAUCGUUGCACAUUCUGUAAUGCUGAGUCAUGGAGGAGCUUUAUUCUAUCCAGGCAUUACUCUGCCUAAGUGGCAAGAGAGUACGCUCAAUAAUCUGGUUGCCAUUGACCGUUCUGGGCUGCCGCUGCACUAUUUUCUUAAUCCAUCAACAUUCCCAGACCUCCCAACACAAACAGUUAAAAAACUGGCCUCAUCAGUUCAUCAAGCAAUAUAACGAUACUAUAAAGUGAACACCAUUCCGGGUUGUGUAAAUGUGGAUUCCCCAAACUUCAACUUCCAGGCAAAUGUAGACGAUGCGUCUUGUGAGGGUCUGAUCACCAAUCUUAGCUUUGGUGGCAUGUACCAAAGAUGCACUCCAUUGACAUCAGAUGGAGAUGCCAUCUGUGAAGAGGCAGCACAGAAAAACCCAGCCACUGGUGAUUAUUCUUGCCCUGAGCAUUACAACACCACCUUGUUACACUCUGAGAUAGUAGAACGCCAAUAUAAGGAAAGCUCAACACCUACUGAAGAUUGUGGGUUUUUUAAGUGGUUUACUUGUCGUCACCAGAAAAGCGAAUAUAUUACCCAUGUCCAUCAGGCAAAAGUGGACACUUACUGGUGUUUCACAUUUCAGAAAACUCCAGAAUACUCUGGCUACCUGUUUGGAGGUCUAUAUGGACCAGAUUUACAAAACCCUCUGACCAAAUCCAAUAGCUGCCCACCAGACUAUUUCACGCUAAAGUUCCUGCCUAAUGGCAUGAGGAUUUGUCUGAGUAAUGAUUACGAGGCUGGAGCAAGAUUCUCUGUACCUUUUGGAGGCUUCUUCAGCUGCUCUUUUGGCAAUCCUGCAGCAAAUAAUCAGUUUCGCUGUCCACUUCAGUUCAGCCAACAUCUCGCUGCCAUUAGUGAUGAUUGUCAGGUUUUGUACUGUGUCCAGUCUGGUGUGUUCACUGGUGGCCUGUUAAAACCAGUCCUCCUUCCUCCAUAUACAAAACCACCAGUAGUCAGCAUUUAUGCAACAAAGCAGUAG